GGAGAAACAAUCGUGGAGAGAAACACCGAGUGAGAGAAAGGGGGAGGUCGCGGUAACAAUGAGCUCCACGGGAGGCGAGAUGAUCGCAUAGAGGAGCGCAGCGUCGUUGGGGGGGGCGGGCAUCCACGCGGGAUCCGUCCGCGCGCAAACACACACCGGAGGCGAGAAGCCACAGCGAGUCAAGUCCGCAGAAGAACCCCCAGCACGAGUGACGCGCCAUGGAGGAGCUGUGCGAGAUGGACUGCACGGUGCUCAAGCGGCUCCUGAAGGAGGACGGCGCCCGGUGCCUUCUGCUCGACUGCCGCUCCUUCCUCGCCUUCAGCGCGGGACACAUCCGAGGGGCCGUCAACGCCCGAUGCAACACUAUCGUCCGCCGCAGGGCCAAGGGCUCCGUGCUCAGCCUGGAUCAGGUCCUAGCCGGGGACGAUGAGGUUCGGGCCCGCCUUCGCUCCGGGAUGUACUCGGCCGUGGUGCUGUACGACGAGAGGACGCCGGACACGGACACGGUAAAGGAGGACAGCACGGUGAGCCUGGUGCUCCAUGCACUGUGCAGGGACUCCGCCACCACGCACAUCUACUUUCUCAAAGGUGGCUACGACAGGUUUUUCACCGAGUACCCCGAGUUUUGUUUGAAGACGAAAUCCCUGCCGUCCCUCACGAGCCAGUCCAGCGUCGAAUCAUCAUGCUCGUCCUGCGGAACACCGCACCACGACCAGGGUGGACCCGUUGAGAUCCUCCCGUUCCUCUACUUGGGUAGUGCCCUCCACGCCUCCAAAAAGGAAUUUCUGGAUGCCAUCGGAAUCUCGGCGCUGCUCAACGUGUCAUCCGACUGUCCCAACCACUUUGAGGGCACGUACCAGUACAAGUGCAUCCCUGUGGAGGACAACCACAAAGAAGACAUCAGCUGCUGGUUUCUGGAGGCCAUUGAGUUCAUCGACUCAGUGCGGGACUCCAGCGGGAGGGUCCUGGUCCACUGUCAAGCGGGCAUCUCUCGCUCUGCCACCAUCUGCCUGGCCUACCUGAUGAAGAGGAAGCGCGUGCGCCUGGAUGAGGCCUUUGAGUUUGUGCGGCGGCGCCGCAGCAUCAUCUCGCCCAACUUCAGCUUCAUGGGCCAGCUGCUGCAGUUCGAGUCGCAGCUCCUGGCCACUUCGUGCGCCGCAGAGGCCGCCGCCACGGCCAGCCCCUUGCUGGGACCCAAGUCAUCCACGGGCGCUGCGUCAGCGACGGGGACGCCCACCUCGCCGUUCAUCUUCAACUUCCCCGUGUCGGUGGUGAACCCCGCCUACCUGCACCACAACCCCAUCACCACGUCACCUGGCUGCUGAUGGCCGCUGAUGGCGCUCCCCUGAAAGCGAGCACAGACACGAGGGACAGCGGGCGUGGUAUAUACAUGCUUCCAGGGUGGGGGUCAGAGGUCACUGGUGGUGCCUGAUCCGAACCCUCAGAAACCAGCUCCUCCUUCUAACUGACCAAAAAUAGACUUUAAAGGAGUUUGUGUGUGUGUGUGUGUGUGUGUGUGUUGGACCUGAGGCGACACAACAACACACUCAUGACUAACAAGUGAAUAAGCUCAGUUGCCUGUUGCCAUGGAGACCGCAGGUCUUUAAGGAGAGGAGAUGGACGCAGGAAGGAAGCAGGAAUUUUAAGCACCCGCUCCUUCCUCCUUUGGCGCUCCUCCUGCUGCCACACAAAGGACACGGAUGGUGUGUGUGUGUGUGCGUGUGUGUGUGUGUGUGUGGUGGUGGUGGUUGUUAGGGGGGUGGCGAUAGAAAGCAGGGGCCUCCUCAGUGACAGGUGCUCUGCUGUCGGGCCGACCGGAGUUUCCUGUCUGUCCUCUUCCUCUCUCACUUACACACACACGCAAACAGACCUUCCUCUCAUCUCCUUUUAUGUUCCUCCUCUUCAUCUCAUCUCUGCCUCUCAUCUUCACCGCAUCCUCGUCUCAGAUCUUCAUCUUCCUCUCUUCCCUGACAAGGCAACACAAAUAAAAUGAGUAAAGUGAGGAGGAGAAAAGGCCAGGAAAGCCCUGCUUACCUUUCCACCGUGGCACUUACGCAUGCAUAGCAUCUCCACCUUUUUGGGCUGAAAGGUACUUGCACCGCUGACGUAGAUGCACAUACAGGCACCAUUUUUAAACUUCACUCAUUUUGAAAAACUUAGAACAGGGGUGUCCAAACUGUUUUUUUUUUUUGCAAUUAAACAAGAAAAUUAAUAAAAACAGCAACAGUUACAAAAAUCUUACAAGGAAUCUUGCAAGGAAAAAAGUCAAUUUUACAAGAAUAAAAUCGGAAUAUUAUGCGAAAAGAAUGUAAUUUUAGAAGCAUAAAGUUAAAAUAGUACAGGAAAUUUAUUGAAAAUUUAAAUAUGAAUGUAUUUAAUUCUCAUAUGAAAUACAAAUUAAAUAGGAUUUUUAAAUUUAGUUUGGGAAAUAGUUAUUACCAGAAAAAGUUAUUACCCCUAACCCUAACAGUUAUUACCAGAAUAAAGUCAAAAUAUUAUGGGAUUAAAGUCAUAAUAUUACAAGAAAAAGAACAUUUACAAGAAGAAAACUGAAAUAUUUGAAAAAUUAAAAAAAGAAAGAAAAAGCGCAAAGCAUUGGAAUGUUUGGAAUCACAUUUGAAUAAUACAUUUUUUCACCGAUAUCACUAAGGUGAGAUCUUCUUGGCGUAUCUUUUCUUAAGUUGACCAAAACGUAAACUAUCUAAGUGGCCCCCGCAUCCUUUGAUUUUUUUUUGUAUGCAGCCUUUGCUGGAAAAACUUUGGACACCCCUGACUUAGAUGCUAAAAUGUGCAAAAUCGUCCUUUUAAGAUGUGGCUGCCUUCUGUGUAACGACACAGCAACACACUGUCAUCUUUUCCUCAACACAACGGAGAAAUAUAACCAGAAAUCGCAUUCUUGGCAAACUCAGGUGGUUCGUUUCAACAUUAAGCUACUAAAUAUACUAUUUUUUUUUUUUUUUUUUUUUUAAA